GAGGACGCUGGUCACCUUACUACUCACCGUGUAGUCCACUCAUCAAAGUAAUUAUCUUGAUGUUUAUAAGCCUGCUAAAAGUGUGCUCGUACUAGUUUAACCUUAAAAAUUAGUUUCUCUAUUUGCUGCAGGAGCAGGGGUGUAGAAGUACUACCUAAGUACUUCUAAACCAACAUCUUCACUGUCAAGCAACCACGUAGGUCUCUCUGCUGUGAUCAAUUUUGUGUAACAAUAAAGACAAAAUGAGUGAAGAUUACGGUGAUCACAUCUUUGAAAGGAUGAGGCCUCGCAAUUUCUCUGCUGAUGGAAGCGGAUAUAAGCCUAGUACUUCCACACGAGACAAGAGGGAGAUGAGCCGUAGGAUGGAGGAAAAAUUUUCGUCUCCUGUGUCUCCAAGUAGAGGCGAGAAAAUUUUUAUCUCAGAUGAUAUCCCAGGAGACGAGCCAAGGGAGCCUUCUCCUACUUCUACUAUACGAGAUGCUAGAGCAGAUAAGAAUGGAUCGACAGAACAAGCUGUAAGAGAUGAAGCGGAAGACGAGACUAUUGGGGAAACAUUGCGUCAUUUUUGGGAUAAGACAGCAGGAGCGGUAGAGCAAUCCCUACAUAACUUCCUAGACGAAGACGAGGUCCUGCAUAUCGAGCAUUCGGAUCAUGAUGAACAUAAUGCGCGUAAACAGAAAGCAAUCCGCAAAUCCAUUGCUGCGGAGACUCGUGAG